AUGGAUGUAGAUUCAUCUGAUUCUAUCAGGAUUACCCCCAUACCAACCUCUGCAAAAGCUAAAGUUCUGAAUCAAAGGUCAAAUUCCAAACCUGUUUCAACUGGUAAACCAAUUCAGAAAACAGGUCUUUGUUCUGGACAUAGUGCUUCUGUUGAAGUGAUUAAUGAAAAUCGCUCAAAGCAGAAAUGUGAUCCACAUUCCACUUCCCAUUCACCUGUGCAUGGUUAUACAAAAUCAGAUAAUCAGCAACCAACACAUGAUGAUUCUGAUUUUGAAGACCCUAACCCAGUUAUCAGCCAAAAUAAAAGGAAAUCACCUCCGGUUGUAACAACCAAAGUUGUCAAACAUCAGGAGAAGAAAGCUAGAGAAGACAUGGACAACCCUCAAUCAAUUAAGACAAGAGUUAAAGUCAAGAAACUGAACAACAUAAAAUCAAAGAAGGGAGUUCAUCUCGGUACUUCAAUACAACCAAGGCGAAUUCAUAUUCGUACAUCACCAAAGAUAUUAUUCUCCACAAUGUACAGUUUGACGAUUGGACAAAAGGAAUAUCUAUCAUCCAUUGGAUAUAGUCCCCUUUUAAAUAUAAGAGUAGAUGUGUUGGCAUCAUGA